CCCGCGCGCGGCCCGGGGGCCUCGGAGCACGGCGGAACCAUGCCCAAGUCCAAGCGGGACCGCAAAGUGUCCCUGACGCGAACGCCCCGCAAGGGGCUGGAAGCCAAGCAGGCGCUGAUCGCCGAGCUGCGGCGCUGUGUGGACACCUACAAGUACAUCUUCGUCUUCUCGGUGGCCAACAUGAGGAACAACAAGCUGAAGGAUGUGCGGAACGCCUGGAAGCACAGCAGGAUCUUCUUCGGGAAGAACAAGGUGAUGAUGGUGGCGCUGGGCCGGGAGCCGAGCAGCGAGUACAAGGAGAACCUGCACAAGGUCAGCAAACACCUGAGAGGGGAGGUCGGGCUCCUCUUCACCAACCGCACCAGGGACGAGGUGGACGAGUGGUUCUCCAGGUUCCGGGAGCUGGACUUUGCCCGUGCUGGGAACAAGGCGCCGUACGGGGUCAGCCUGGACACGGGGCCCCUGGAGCAGUUCCCCCACUCCAUGGAGCCGCAGCUGCGGCAGCUGGGGCUGCCCACGGCGCUGAAGAAAGGAGUGGUGACGCUGCUUUCGGAUUACGAAGUGUGCAAGGAAGGGGAUGUUCUCACCCCAGAACAGGCCCGUGUGCUGAAACUCUUUGGCUACGAGAUGGCAGAAUUCAAAGUCACCAUGAAGUUUCUGUGGAAUUCUGAGACGGGAGACUUCCAGAAGCUCGUGGGAGAUGCAGCAGAGGAGGAGGAAGAGGAGGAUGAUGAUGAUAAUGGCAGCAAUGAGGACUAACAGCUUGGACACCAGAUAGUUCUAUUUUAGGGACAAAAAGAGGAUAUUUCCCUUCCUUGGGUGCACCUGCACUGGGAUGAUCUUUAUAGAAAAUGACCUAACUGUGCUUUUUUUAUAUUUAUAUAAAUAUCUAUGUGAAACCA